UGACCUCAACAGCAACACCCAGUUCGUAGUCGGCCUUGCCCUUUGUACUCUCGGGGCCAUAGCGUCCCCCGAAAUGGCAAGGGACUUGGCCUCCGAGGUGGAACGCCUAAUCAAGUCCCCAAACGCGUACAUUAAGAAGAAGGCCGCGUUGUGCGCCUUCCGCAUCAUUAGGAGGGUACCAGAUCUGAUGGAGAUGUUCCUGCCGGCAACUAGGAGCUUGCUGACGGAGAAGAAUCAUGGUGUAUUGAUCACGGGUGUCACACUAAUUACCGAAAUGUGUGAGAACAGCCCCGACACCCUCAACCACUUCAAAAAGGAGAGCGGGCAGCGCGAGAUCGUUCCAAACCUGGUGAGGAUAUUGAAAAACUUGAUCUUGGCUGGAUAUUCGCCGGAACAUGAUGUCAGUGGAGUUUCUGACCCGUUCUUGCAGGUCAAAAUCCUCCGCCUCCUCCGAAUACUAGGCAAGAACGACGCUGAAGCAUCAGAGGCGAUGAACGACAUCCUCGCCCAAGUCGCCACCAACACGGAGACCAGUAAGAACGUCGGCAACACCAUCCUCUACGAGACGGUCCUCUCCAUCAUGGACAUCAAGUCCGAGAGCAGUCUCAGAGUGCUGGCCAUCAACAUACUGGGGAGGUUCCUCCUCAAUAAUGACAAGAAUAUCAGAUAUGUUGCACUCAAUACAUUGCUGAGGACAGUCCAUGUGGACACGUCCGCUGUGCAGAGACAUAGAACUACUAUUUUGGAGUGUUUAAAGGACCCGGACGUAUCAAUCCGCCGCCGCGCAAUGGAGCUAUCGUUCGCUCUGAUCAACGGCCAGAACAUCCGCAGCAUGAUGAAGGAGCUCCUGACGUUCCUCGAGCGCUCCGACGCCGAGUUCAAGGCGCACUGCUCCAGCGCCAUGGUGUUGGCCGCGGAGAGAUACGCGCCCUCCAAUAAGUGGCACUUGGAUACACUGUUCAGAGUUCUGCUUAAGGCGGGCAACUACCUGCGCGACGACACGGUGUCGUCGACGCUGCAGAUCGUGUCAGUAGCCGCGCCGGAGCGGCAGGCGUACGCGGCCAUGCGCCUGUGGACCUCGCUGGAGCGGUCCGCGCUCUCCGGCGACGCCACCGAGAAGCAGCCGCUCGUGCAGGUAGCAGCAUGGACUAUUGGUGAAUAUGGAGACUUGCUGGUUUCUGAAGCUAGUAAUGCCAUAUCUAUGGUCGACGAGGAUGGCGUUGACGACUUCGUGCGGCCAUCGGAGGAAUACGUGAUCGACAUUUACCAAAAGCUGCUGUGGUCGACGCAGCUGUCCAUCAACACCAAGGAGUACCUCCUGUUGUCGCUCGCCAAGCUCUCCACCAGGUUCACCACACAGCCAAGUCAGGAUAAAAUCCGAGUGAUCAUCGAUACAUUCGGUUCUCACAUUCAUAUCGAGUUGCAGCAGAGGGGUGUGGAGCUGUCGCAAUUGUACAGGAACUACGCGCACCUGCGGCCGGCCCUGCUGGAGCGCAUGCCGGCCAUGGAGGCCGGGACCGCGCACGAACCCGCGGAGGCAGAGCCAGAGCCCGAGCCAGAGACCAGGACCGACCAUGUCGCCGACGCGCUAUUAGACUUGAUCAUUGGCUCUGAUUCACUCACGAAUGGUGAUAUCGAACAUAAACCGUCGCCUGCGCCACCUAGCAACAACAAUACAAGCAGCAAUGAUAUCCUGGACCUGCUGAGCGGGCUGGACCUGUCGGGCAGCGCGCCCGCCAGCAUCAUGAACAACAACGUGUCGGGCGCGCCCCCCGCGGCCCCGGGCCCGGGCCCCGCGCCCGCCGCCACGCUGCUGGACGGACUGUUCGCGCCGCCCACACUCAGCGCGCCCGCCACGCAAGAGCUGGCGUCGGUGACGGCGCUGGACAAGAACGGCCUGCAGGUGGUGCUGGCGGUGGCGCGCGCCGCGGCCGGCGCGGAGCUCACCAUGCGCGCCACCUCCAGCCUCGCGCACACGCUCACAGACUUCCUGUUCCAGGCCGCCGUGCCCAGGACAUUCCAACUAGACAUGAUGUCACCAUCCGGCACCGUACUGCCGCCACAGGGUGAGAUCACGCAAGUACUCAAGAUAACUAAUCCAUCCAGGUCGGCGCUGCGGCUGCGGAUACGAGUGUCGUACAACGUGGAGGGCUCCCCCGUACUGGAGCAGGCGGAGGUCAACAACUUCCCGCCGGAACUGUUCUACUGACGAGCGCCGCGCCGCACUCCGCAGCGCCCGCGGCCCGCGCGGCUGCGGAGCGGGACCCGGGGCCGCUAGGCGUGGGGACCGGCCUUUAUACGUAACGAGGUUUAUUCAUAUAUACGUUGUUGUUGCACACCAGCAAGAGCUAUAGGGUGCGUGCUAGCACAAACACCCUAGAAUAUCAGCUUGUAACAGUCCCUCUGCUAGGCAAAGAUGAGAAUAUAAUGUGGGUUCACUGCAAUCCGAAACAGAUUGAUCAUGCCCAUGAGACGAAAAUAUUAGAAUUAUUCUGAGGUUCUCGGGCUCAUCGAGCAGUUAACAAGAUCUUAUUGAAUUGCAAUACGUUCGGCUUAGCCCACGCCUAUGCAUGCAUCUAAUUUUAACUCAUCUCGAUAAUCGAUGACCGUCUCCACGUCUGAAUGAUGUCGAACACCGCGACGAAGACUGACCACAGGCCACCUCUGCCGUACACAGCCGUCAGUCAAGACCUGAGGGCCUGUCGCCACCUCUUAAAUUUAUAUUAUCGCAGAUGUACAAGUGAGAAGCCGCUCUACGUCGUGUAGUGCGCUGUCACCUUUCCACAACUGCAAUAACAUUACUUGAAGAGGUAGCGAUAGACGCCGCACAGCUUACAGCUCACUUGUUUCCAUUGAGAUUCGUGAAACAUUCCAUGUUAAUUAGUCUUAAAGUUUAUUGAAAAUGGAUUGUGGUUGAAUGUUGGGUGACCAGAGAAGAGACAAACCUCGACUGUCAGUAAUAGUUAGUUGUCUCUGGUCACCAAGUCAGUAUUAAUACAAUCUCACAGCAGUUGUACCAGUGUGGUUUACUUUCUGCCUUCUAUUCUUAAAUUGCAGUUAUUUUUCCGAUUGCAAACUAAUUACUCUUCGGUUAUUUGAUUUACCAUAAAUCUAUGUUUUAAAUAAAUAUGGCUUCUACUUCUUCAAGCAUUGCGACACAAAUGAAAAAAGUUGUCAUUAAUUAGCUAUUUGAAUUAACUUGUUCGAAGUCUCGUGAUCAUUCCCGAAUUCGAUAUGUUGACCUCGGUAUUUGGUAAUUGUAAAAUUGAUGUACUAGAACGUCUAUAACUUUCUUGUGUCGCUCGCGCUGUACAUAAGUUGAGAUUGUGUAUGUAUAAACGAUUUAUAGUAAGCAACCUGUGAAAUGGAGGGCUGUAUGGAAUGUACUUAAUAAAAUAUAAAUCACUACUACGAUAAUAUUUUUGCGUGAUAAUGCACUUAGCACACAAGCCGAAAAAAUGAACUUGUGUGGAAGUACUCCGGACGGUUUAAAAUACAUUGCCGAGCAAAAACAUCUAGUCACUGUCGCAUGCUAGUGUCGUAAUUAAGAGAUUAAAUAUACUUCCCUGUCUGUAUAAAUUGUUUUAGAACUCGAUUAUUUAUAAAUUAUGUCUGUGCCUUGAUUUUUCGAUCGUCAUUGUAUUUUAAACCAAUAUUUUUUAUUUCCAGAUAGUCAGUGUUUGAUGUGACUAGUUCGAGUGUAGGACCGUUGAAACUAUUGCAUUUUGUUAAGAGUAGUUAUUUGUAACGGAACUCGUGAGCCGCUUCAGAUGUUAGGCAGUCAAGUUGACAGUACUGUUCCUUUAUUAAGAAUUUUAUAUUUUGCGACGAUGUAAAUAAUAUAUACAUCUCAUCAAACACGUAGUUAUGCAAAUUAUGGAUUAUUGUAAGAUUUUUACACCGGUUUCGGCGAAGCCCAAACGUUUUUAACAUUUAUAAAUUAGUUAUAUUGUAUUUUUAUUUUCAUCCUAUUUAUGUUUAGGUUAUCAACUAACCCGCAUAUUCUAAUGAACUAUCGUAGGAGUAUGUAAAUCUAGAUGUAAUAGAAUUCAGAAGCCACUGGAAAUAUAGGAAGUCGCACGUGCUCUUUAUAGGUUUUAUAUUCUCUGUAAGGCGUUCAUGUUACAAUCGUGAAAGCAUAUAUUUUAUUUUUGAUUAUGUAAAGAGAGCUUGGCAAAAGAUUAUAUCGUCAAUUUGGUGCUUCGUUUUACUAUAUCUGAUAAAUAGAAGGCCCUCCACAAUGUGAGAUGUUUAUGAUUUUGUGUAUAACUAAAGCUAUGUGAAAGAUGUACAUAAUGAUUAUAAUGAUUUUAUGUAAAUUGGUUAAUAAAUAUUUGAGAAUGUUUAUAUAAUCAA